AGAAACCCAUAAGAAGUAUGUAUAUAAAUUGUCCUCUUCUCAGAAGAGACCCCGCUUCACGGCCUUAUUUAACAGGAAAAAGAUUAUUAAAAUCGGGUAAAUUGUAACAAUAAUAUCAUGGGUCUACCUGUAUCGUUAGUAGAUUAGACUAACGAAAUAGACUACGCUUGUUCUACAAGUAAUAAAACUUCAUAGAAGGUGGCUGCAUAAUAACCAAUAUUUGGAAUACAUUUACGGUUUGUGUAGGGCGGUUUAAUAAGCGUUGUCCACACAACACAUCAACACCAUGUCAAAUGUUAUGGAGAGGCGAAGCGAACAUUGACUUUACGAGUCGCGAUAAGUGUAUGGCCAAUACUCACCUUUGUUAAUUGGUUCUUUUAUAUAUUCUGAACUUAUUGCUGGGAAAUAAAAGUGCAAAAAUGUCAUCGAAAGACCCCAUGGUUGGGGACAAGCUGCUGUCCAGCCUUCGUGUGGUAGACUUGAAGGAGGAGCUGGAGAAACGAAGCCUCUCAAAGUCUGGCACCAAGAAGGAUCUGGCGGAUCGUCUUCGAAAUUAUAUUGUUCAACAUGAACAAAAAGAGCCGGUUGUAGCCGCCCCACCCGUAUUAGACGAGGAUGAGCUUCCGAGCAUAUCGAUGCAAGAAAAACAACUGUUGGCAGAAAAAAAUCCAUUUUUAAGAGACUAUUUUGCAUCUCAAGCAGAGUUAUUUCAUUCACAGAAAGUCGCGAAAAAGUUGCUUUUAGAAGAAGAAGCGAGACGUGAAUCGGAAACAAGUGCACCAAGUGCUGACGAAGGAGGCGAAAGCUCAGCUGCAGAGGACAAGGAUUUAAACAGCAGCACGGAGGAACUUAGUUCAGGGAAAGUAAAGCAACUUGCCAAAAAGUUUGAAAAUAAUAGUGCAAAAGAAACCCCACCCAUUAGUAAAGAACAAGUCCCUUCGACACCGCCGCCAGCUUUGCGAGCGAGCCCUGUCAGAAAAUCUGAAACGCCUACGCCUCCCCAAGUUGUACAACCUUUCAAGACCACUCGACAACGGCAGCUAGAGAAUUUAGCUAAAAAGGCCGAGUCUAGCAAGAUUGUGGAAGCAUCAAAACCAUCUCCUGAAAAAUCUGUAGACAUGGUGGAAAAAGUUGUUGCACAAAAACCGAUUGAUGCGUCGCCAAAAGCAGAGUCUCCGGCUUCUUCGUCUUCAUCGUCAAGAUCACGAUCCGUGUCAAGAUCGAGAUCUAAUUCCCCAGAAUCAGACCACCGUGAACGAAAUACCGAGAAGCCUUAUACAGAAGAUGCCAAGCCAGAACCAGAGGAAGAACAGCAUUCCCCGCCGAGCGACGAUAAUGAAGUCAAUGAAAGACAACUACCACUUGGAAGUAAUGGGAAUGUAAAAAAGUUGGCUGAGAAAUUUGAGAAUAAAAUUGAUGAUUCUGUCAAAACACCAUCGCCAAUCAAAAAAGUAAUAGAAAAAACUGUUGAAACUAAUGAGGCUGAAAUGGAAACUGUUGCUACUGUUGAGGAAGAAGAUAAGACAGAAUCUGUGGCAUCCCGGUCUAGGUCCACUUCCAGAUCUAGAUCCCCAUCCCUUGAAAAAGAACCCGCUGUAGAACAACAUGAUGAGCAACCAAAGGAAGAUGAAGAUAGUCAUCAAAAAAAUGGAGAAACGUCUGUGGUAGACGCAAUAACGGCUGUUGCUAACGAAGAGAAUGCCGACAUUGAAUGUACAAAAAUUGAUUCCUCGACAAAGUCUUUGGAAAAUAAAAUAGACACUAAACCGGAACAAAAGGUUACAGCAAGGAAUGACAUGGUAUUGUCUGCCCCAAUAGAAGACGAAGAAAUGUUGGACUAUGGUGAGGAAGAAAAACUUCAGAGCGAACCUCCCAAAUUUUACUGGACAAGAAGAGUGCUUCGUAUAAAAAACAGACAUAUUUCUAAACCUCAAGAAAAUAAAUGGAAGAGGGAAAUUGACAUUAAAGCAGCCGAAAAUAUUAAUUCCGAACUUAUGUCGGAAUGGUUUCCAAAUGUCCGACUUUCUCCUGCUGUUGAAUUUAAAGAAGACAAGCCGGAUAAAUCUCCACCAGAAACACAAGACGAACAAGAUGUUCGUUUCACUAGAACGUUUUCUAUUGAGUCAGAAGAAGGUGCAGUAACAUCUAUGAAAAUGGAGAACAUUACAAUUACAAGGAGGGUUAGUCUAGUUCCAAUGAUAUCAACUCAGAACGAUAACGAUGUCGAUAAAGAUUUAUCACCUGCUAGAAAUCCUCCAUCAGAAAUCAUUUUAGUGUCAAAUUUGACAAGACCAUUCACCCUUCCACAACUAAGGGAACUGCUUCAGCGCACUGGAACCUUGGAAGAUUUGUGGGUGGAUAAGAUAAAGUCAAAAUGUAUUGCGAAGUACGAAAAACAAGAAGACGCCUUUGAAACAAGGGCGGCCCUACAUGGAGUAAACUGGCCCCCAUCAAAUCCAAAAGCAUUACAGGUUGACUAUACUACAGAAGAAACAUUAGUCGAGUACAAAGCUCGUGAUGCUGGUGAAAUCAAGCCUGCUGUUAUAGAAAAGCCUGUGACGGCUGAAAAUUUGCCAGUUCGAGAAUGGGAUAUGGGAAAGCGGCAAAUUCCCUCCCCCAAAAGGAGGAGGAGCAAAUCAACAAGUAGGGAUCGGAAAAGAUCUCGAAGAUCUGAGUCUCCUCUUAACCGCAGGCGACAUUCCCGCUCUCCUCAAAAUGGGCGGAGAUCUCGAGGACAGGCAAAAGAUAACGAACCGUUGGGCAAAGCCUUGGAUGAACUGUUUAGAAAAACAGUGGCUAUCCCAUCUAUUUACUGGUUACCUCUUACUCCUGCUCAGAUUGCAGAGAAAGAGGAAUUGCGAAGAAAGAGAAUGAUAGAGAGAGAGAGACGUUUAGCAGAAAUGAACAAGAUACGCCCCCGUUAAGCCAACAUGCAUGCUAAACAUUGCAACAUUAAAGAAUUUACACCCCCUCCAUUUCCAUUACUCAUCCCAAUCCCAUCCCUUAACCUAUCUUUUCCUGCAUGUAUCCACGUUUCCUGGGUUAGGCUCACUUCACAAAAGAUCAUUUAUCGUUCUAGGUUUCUUUUAGGUUUUUACAGGUACUCGAGGGAGCUGUCAACGGAUUUCAAGAGCGGAUCCUGCUUUUCCAAGGGAAAUUGUUCCCAUAUUAUAAUAUGACUGGCUGGAAUCGAGUGAGACGAUUACCUAUUUGUAGAUGUCGUAUGAAUGCGAAUUAUCAAAAUUUAAAUGUGUUAUUUUUUGUUAUGUCAACUUUCUCAGCAAUGUUAUGCCACACUACUGUCAGUUUUAACACCAAUCAAUCAUACCCAUGCAUUGAGUUGAGUGAGUGGUUCAAUGAAUACCUUGAGAAAGUAUUGAAAAUACAGUUCAUGAAUUGAUGAGACAUGUAGAGUUGUUCGGAACUACCAAUAAAGUGAUUCCUUAGUAAUAUCAAUAA